GAGCGCCAGGAUGGCCGAGCUUGGUUCAGAUGUGGAUUCCCAAGGAAACCAGGCCCCAGCCAGCGCAGCGAGAACAUCUCCGGCGGACUCGAGGCCGAUCCGGGGGACUGUGCCCGCUGCCAAGGAGAGGGUAGUAGUGCAGAUCGGUGGGCAACCCAGGCCAAGCAAGUGGAAAGGAGGCUGUGCCUGCUGCAACCUGUCCCAGCAUCCCCCGGAGGGCCUGUCCGUCAUUCUGACUCUGUGGGUCCCUCUGGAAAUGCGUGAGGUUGGGAAGGAGGCGUCCGCCUUGCUGGCCAAGGCCCAAAGCAUUCUAACCCAGGCCCUGCCGCGGCCCUCUCCUGCCCAAGGCAAACCCGCUUCGGGGAAAAAGGCCGGUCAGCCGGCCAGUUCUCCCGUGUCUCCAUCUGGCCAACCAUCAGGAGGCAGAGGAGGAACCUCUGCAAAACCUUCUCAGGAGACGGACCUUCCUGGCACCUUUGCCCAGAGCGCUACCUCGUUCCUGGAAAGUGGGCCACGACUGGCAGCGCCGCUCUGCCUCUUCCACGAAAGAAUGCCGCAGGAAAGCAGCACCUUUUUUCAGGGGACAGAAUUCACCCAAGAUGCAUCGUGGCUCUUGGCGCUUGCAAAUGGGUGUUUGGGACCCAGGCCAUCUCAUGCGCCCCACAAGGAUGCGGCCUCUCUCGGGUGAGACUCCACGGGAAAGAGAGACCAGCAGCCUCUUCUGUUAAAGAACCCAGAUUUUCGUUUGGGGGCAAAAUGUGAGCACCCGCAAAGUUAUCUUUAUUUAAGUGAAGAAAAAAAAACAACCAAAAGGAAAUGGGCCCUGUUGUGAAAUAUACUUCCUCUUUCCUGCUUUCAGCCCCCUCCCUCUUCUUUUUCCCCAUUUCUACAGCAUUCACCUUAAAAAAAUCUCAGCCAGGUGUUGUUGUCUUAGCUUUUCCCUUCAAGGACAUUUUCCCGCAGCUGCAAACAAGGGUCUCAGGAUUGGUGGCUAAAAUGGCCCUUCUUGGGCCGUCCCGAAUGUGGCAGCCGGCUUCCAAAGGUACGACGCGGGCAAAGACGGCUUCAUCGACCUGAUGGAGCUGAAACUGAUGAUGGAGAAACUGGGGGCUCCCCAGACGCACCUGGGCUUGAAGAACAUGAUCAAGGAAGUGGACGAAGAUGUGGACAGCAAACUCAGUUUUCGGGAGUUCCUUCUCAUCUUCCGGAAAGCGGCCGCCGGGGAGCUGGAGGAAGACAGUGGCCUGCAUGCCCUGGCCUGCCUCUCGGAGAUCGAUGUCUCCACCCAGGGUGUCAAGGGGGCCAAGAGCUUUUUCGAGGCCAAAGUGCAGGCGAUGAAUGUGGGCAGCCGCUUCGAAGAGGAGAUCAAGGCAGAGCAGGAGGAGAAGCGGCGCCAGGCGGAGGAGCUGAAGCAGCGGAAGGAGGCCUUCAAGGAGCUGCAGUCCACCUUCAGGCAGUAGCCAGCACCCCACCCCACCCCCCGCCGGACACAGCCCAGCCCCCCUGCCACGCCCAUCCGCCCCCCUCGCUGCAAGACCCCCCAGCUAGAGGCGCAGGAGCCAGAGGCGACCUAGCGUGGUUGGUGGGCAAACCACCGGGGGAAGAAGGCAGACCUUGGAGCCCUCAGACCCAUUUGGGCCUAAUUUGCACCCCCUUUCCCCGAGCCAGCUGUUCGGUGUUUUCUUCACGGCGUUUUCGUCUCCCGUCCGUCGGUCUCGUGGUUCUCGGUGUCUCCCGGUCCCAGGUUUGCGGACUUGACGUGUGAAUUGUUCCGUUCUCCCCCUGGGGUUGUGGUGCAUGGAUCUGGCUUGCUGUUAAGAGGCGGGGUGUGGGGUUUCCCCACUCCCCCCACCCUCCCAGCUGCUUGUGCAGAAAUGCUGUCUUUGUGUGCGUUGCCUCAGCUGUAUAGAUGUGCUCGGACUGGGGGCUCCAGCUCCCAGGGCCCCCAGUGGGCAGGAGGUAGGCCUGGCAGGUGGGGGCACUGGGGUGGCCCCACUGGGGUGGCCCCACUGGGGGGCCCUGGCAGUUGGGGGCACCUAUGAGGGAGUUCUUUAUACCACUUUCCCUCAGGGCCACCGUCACUCUUUUUCCACCCUGGCUUUGGAGUUUAGACUCAGCAGAACCUUUAGGGGGUCCUCUGGCAGGCAGGGGAUAAUGGGAGCUGGAGUCUGGCACGUCUGCGGGACAGGGUCAAUUUAUAGUUUGUUUGUGUGUGUGUAUGUGUGUAUGUGUGUAUCUGUGUGUGUGUGUGUAUCUGUGUGUGUGUGUGUGUUUAUGUCCAGACAAUAAGCCCCAAGUUCUGGAAUUGUGUUGUGUAGAAGUGUUCUGGUGGCAGGAACAGAAGAGGAGAGUUGCCAGAAUCGGGCCCUCCCGAGAGAUUUGGGGCAGGUGGGGCCCCGGGUCCAUUUGAAGCAGUGAACCCUCCAGCAGUGAGCUCCACCGGUCAGGGAGGGCUGAAACUGUGUCAAAAUCGCCCAAGUGGGAGUGGCACCUAGAGGUCAUUUAAUCCAACCCCCAGCGGAAGAAGACAUUCA